CCGGAAUCAAAUAUUUGUCGGGAUUUACUAUGAAUCGUGGUUGGUCUUUGUCUCUGUCAUUAUACAAGAAAGGGAUAGGAGCCUGCGACCAACAAACGUCACGAUUAUUGCUGCAAUUAGCCAAGCAACAAUUGCUUCAGAUCACAAAGGGAAAAGCGGACCGGGAAGAGGAGGUAAAGGGAAAGACAGAAGGCGUACUGUGAGGGUUCAGAGGAGUUGAGGCAUAUUUGCUAGCUUGAUUGAGAUUAAACAUGGCGGAGAAGCUGUAAUUCGAGGGUUGGCCUAUUGAUAACGAGGAUGAACGAACAUCUAAUCUAUUCUGGAUUUGGGUAAAAAUGGCAUGGGAGGGGCUCUAUCUUGAGAGGCAGGAAGCGACUGAUGAAGUUGUAUCCGACAAAG